UGCAUUAGCAAAUACAGUUAAUUAACUGGUCUAGUUUUUUAUCUCUAUUUUUGUACGUGCAGAUGAGUGCUCAGAGUCCUAAGUACUGCCUUUCAGGCCUCAUAAUGUGCCCUUGUAUCCUCUAACAUGUCUGGAAUGUGUGUAGGCUGUGCUGGGGCAGGGAAAGGAGAGUUUCUUUGUCACAACAAACAAGGGGAAAGCUUUUUUCCUGUCUCUUCGAUUUACCAAUGCCUCAUCAGAAGCUUUCAGCACUUAUUGAUGCCAUCUGCAGUUUUGUGAUCUGCAAUGAUUCUUCCCUUCGAGGUCAGCCCAUUAUCUUUAAUCCUGACUUUUUUGUGGAGAAACUCCGACAUGAGAAACCUGAGGUUUUCACUGAGUUGGUGGUCAGCAAUAUCACAAGGCUCAUCGAUUUACCUGGAACUGAGUUGGCUCAGCUGAUGGGGGAAGUGGACCUUAAGUUGCCUGGCGGGGCCGGCCCAGCGUCAGGAUUUUUCCGGUCUCUCAUGUCUCUCAAGCGAAAGGAAAAAGGAGUGAUAUUUGGGUCCCCACUGACAGAGGAAGGCAUUGCCCAGAUAUACCAACUGAUUGAAUAUCUACACAAAAACUUACGAGUAGAGGGUUUGUUUAGAGUACCAGGUAAUAGUGUCCGACAGCAGAUUUUAAGGGAUGCUCUCAAUAAUGGAACUGACAUUGACUUGGAAUCAGGGGAGUUUCACUCAAAUGAUGUUGCCACUUUGCUGAAGAUGUUUCUAGGAGAGUUGCCGGAGCCUCUGCUGACACAUAAACAUUUCAACGCACACCUUAAAAUCGCUGAUUUGAUGCAGUUUGAUGAUAAAGGAAACAAGACCAAUAUACCAGACAAGGACCGGCAAAUUGAGGCUCUCCAGUUGCUCUUCCUCAUUCUCCCUCCUCCUAAUCGUAAUUUGCUGAAGUUAUUGCUUGAUCUCCUAUACCAGACAGCAAAGAAACAAGACAAGAACAAGAUGUCAGCCUAUAACCUUGCCCUUAUGUUUGCACCCCAUGUCCUGUGGCCAAAAAAUGUCACUGCAAAUGACCUUCAGGAGAAUAUCACAAAGUUAAACAGUGGGAUGGCUUUUAUGAUUAAACACUCCCAGAAACUUUUUAAGGCUCCUGCUUACAUUCGGGAAUAUGCCAGAUUGCACUAUUUGGGAUCCAGAACUCAGGCAUCAAAGGAUGACCUUGACCUGAUAGCUUCAUGUCAUACUAAGUCCUUUCAGCUGGCAAAGUUUCAGAAACGUAACCGGGUAGAUUCCUGCCCUCACCAGGAGGAGACCCAGCAGCAUACGGAAGAGGCACUGAGAGAGCUGUUUCAACACGUUCGCAAUAUGCCAGAGUCAGCAAAGAAGAAACAACUUAUUAGACAGUUUAAUAAGCAGUCAUUGACCCAGACACCAGUGCGAGAACCUUCUACUUCCCAGGUACAAAAGAGGGCUCGUUCACGCUCCUUCAGUGGGCUUAUUAAGCGGAAGGUCCUGGGAAAUCAGAUGAUGUCAGAAAAGAAAAAGAGGAACCCCACUCCAGAAUCUGUGGCCAUUGGUGAAUUGAAGGGAGCCAGCAAAGAAAAUAGGAACUCAUUAUUUUCUGGCUCUCCAGCUGUCACGAUGACACCAACAAGAUUGAAGUGGUCUGAAGGGAAGAAAGAGGGGAAAAAAGGAUUUCUCUGAAGGAUCCAGAGUUGUCUCCUAUGGUCCAUGCAGAAUUUUCCCUUUAGUGGACAAGGUGUUACUCCUGCCCACAGCAAAGCUUGGACUUGCAGCUUGCUUGCUGCAUUUUGAAUUGUCAAGGCCAAUUAAUACCGUGACCCAACUGAUACCUCUAAUCCCACUCACUGGAUGAUGUUUGUAAGCUGUGCCUUCUGAGAGAGUGCUUAGGCUCUCUCUCUCUUUUUUAAUAUUAUGGGGAAACCACUAACUGUCCAACCAGCUUAUAUAGCACAGUAAGGUGGGCUUCAGUGCUCAUUCAAUGUGUUUAGGCAGAUUCCACUUUUGAAAAAAAUAUGAGAUGUGUGCUCAACUGCCAGUAAUUUUUGAAAAAGCACUGUCAGUCCUAGUGGCUUGAUGUUAUUUUUAAUGGAUAUUUUGGGUUUUUCUCUGUUUUGAUAGUGUUGGGUAUUUGGUUGUUUUUGUUUAUUUCUUUGUUUUAAAAGCCAUGUUUUUGGAUGGGCUCUAAGCUAGAUGCCUUUCCCUUGUUUUCACUUUGAGCGUUGGGAAAACUCUUUAUCUUAUGAGGCUGUAUUCCUCAAUACCUAAUUUGCGUCUAAAGAAUUUAUAGCUUUUCUGGACAUUUUUUAUUAUUUCUUGGGUCUGACACCAGAGUAUUUGACCUGCAGUAUUGAAAAAGAGAAUUCACAAUGAUACAAUAUUUUAACAAAUCUUAAUUAUUAAACUCUUUUCCUUCCUUCUUUCCAUCCAUUUCUCCCUCCCUUGUCCAUCUCUUUCUCUUUCCCUUUCCUCAGUGAUGUCAUAAUAAUUGUGUUUUGCUGAACUUGUUACCUUCAUUCAAUUUCCUCUUGACUAAAACAUCUCUGGUGCCAACGUAAUACUUCUGAACCAAAUCACUGUGACUCAAGAAAAGUCACUGACAGCAUAGUAGAAGUUUGCUAAAAUAUGUGUAUGUGGGAGAAGCUCUGGAGUGUGCCUAGGAGGGGCUGGCUGCCUUUAUGUCCCAGGAUGAGUCUUUAUGGGUGGGAUUAUAUUGCACCCUCUGAGGGUGCAGGCUAGACCGUCUCCUGAGAAUGAGUUAGAAUCUGAAAAAAGAAGCCAGCAGCAGCCUCUGCAGGGUUGACACGAUUUAAAGGAGAGAAUGUUCUUAUUUGGAAGCAACUGUGGCUUAUCACCAAUAUUCAAGGAGUAUUACUGUGCCGCCCUCUCCUUGUCAGAAGGGGCACAGGUGGUAAUUUGGAGAUGGGGCCAGAGCUUCUGGUUUUUGGACUUGGUGUGUUCACAUAUGUUGGAUGGAGCAGUGGCAUGGUUUUGACCUAGUAUGAACUGGUGUCUGCCCAGAGAACAGCACGUGGCAGGGGAGAAUGCUCAGGUUUGUGCCUGGCUCAGUGGAGCUCUAUAAGCCUUCUCACCCUGGGGGUUGGAGCCGAGUCAGACCACUAUGGGGAAGCAGUUGCCCCACAAAGUGUGGUUUGCUGACCUAUUUCUAAACUGUUGAAUAUGCUGCACCAUUGCCGAAAUGAAAGAUGACUCCGGGGGAGCAGAGUUUGGCUUUGUGCCCAGCUGGCAGCCCUCUCUGCCAGCCUUUCUGCUGCUUUUGCUGCUGUAACAGCAAUAGUGGAGAAAAAUGUAAAAUUUGGUCUUCCAGCUUAAUAGAGUAUGAACAAUAGAUGGUUAGGAAAACAAAACUGCUUAGAAGCCCCUUUCUCUAGAGUAGUUUUAUGUCAUUUUUAAAAACACAUAUUAGCAAAUUCAUUUGCAUAGGUUUCUGUUAAAUAUUUGACUUUUUUUUCUUAUUAAGAAAAUGAAAUCCCUUACACCAGAUAGCAGUUAAUUCAAACAGAAAACCCUUUUGGUAUCACCACAUUGAAAUGGUGUUCUUCCUUAACUCUUCCUUCUUUCCUUUAUUUGUUUAGAUGUGCUUCAUCCUGAAGUGGUGCUGUGGUCUGUUAAACAGGGCUGGCAUCAGGUAGAGGGAGCAGAGUGGUGACCUGAUAGCUCCUUGUCAUUGUGUUAGUUUUUGGUUCUAUUUAAGGGAAGUAGCUGAGAUUGAGACGGAUGUAGAUGCUCUUUGGGUGAAUGGAAUCAGAAAGCAAGGGUUGUGUUCUGGGGUGAGGGUCGCGAGAGAGAUAUUUAUCACAUGCACAUGCGUUUAUAUAGCUGGUCUCCUUGGGUAGUUUGUGUGUGUUUUGUUUAUUUAUUGAGGAUGUUUUCCCUUGCUUUAGGGGUUUAUAGGUCAUUUUUCUUAAUAGAAGCUGUGAUUGACUUAGAAUCCAAAUUUGAGGAGUAAGCAGCAUAACCUUCUACCUUGUAAUAUGUAACUAUUCUAAUCCUGUGGAAUCUUACAGAAAACACAGACAAAACCCCUUUUAUCAUUUGCCACAGAAGCUGCUGUCUCCCUUCUGAUUUGGUGGGCAGGUAUUGUUUUUGAGCCAGUAUUUAAUAGAGUUUUUUAAUCUAUAAGAUUUUUUUUGAAUCCAUUUCAUUGUGUUUGUUUUUCAUGUUGGAACAAUCUCUUUGAAAGUGCCUCUUCUUGUGGUUUUUACAACUUCAUUUCUUUCUGGGGUCACCUGUGAUGGGCUUUGAUGUGGUAUCAAUAUGGGGCAUUGUGUUUGUGCCAGGAUACACAUAUUAAACUGUAGGCCACCUUCCUGUCCAGACUGUACUGUGUGAACCCCACUGACUGAAUUGGUGAGAACCAUAGGUGUUGGAGUUUAUCACCUUUUACAAUGAUAAACUUUUGCAUUGGGACCAAUGAAUGUGGUGUGGAAAACCCUGCCAGCAGUGAAAGAGCAUCAGGAGAUACUGACUCUUCCUGAGUGCCAAAAUAGGAGCAGGUAAUGAAUUGUAACCAAAACUACAGUUGAUCCUCCACAAAAGAAAGUUCUUUACCCAGAAUGUCCUUCCAGAGUCAUUCAGGAAGGAUAAGGAGACACCCUUGGGAAAUGGGCUAGUGGAGGGCUGUUGACUACAGUGACACCUGGGUGCUCCAGAGCUAUCUGUUCUGUUAACCUAGAACAGAACAGUCGAUCCUAGAGUGUCAGAACAGAGCCAUUCUCUCCUCCUGAGUAGGAAUGUUUCUGUUCAGCUUCCCUCACAGGAGCCUGUGUUAGCAUACAGUUGAAAAUACUGCCUUCUAGGAGAACCUGUGGUCAUUGGGAACGUGCUCCACCAUGACUGGCCAUGCAACCGGGUGAUUUUUAGGAAUAGAUGUCUCUAGACUCUGUCUUCUUUCCUACAAGGCCUCAUACAGAUGCUUGAGGCUAAUGGCCCCCAUUCUGAGGUCAUUUUUGUGUAGAACUCCUUUCCCCAGGAGAGAGCCUUAUCUCUGCCCUCCUUUACCCUGAAACCUUCAAACAGAAGAUAGGACCUAGAUCUAAACCUAGAUACUAGCAUUUUGUGGGCUUGUCUAGAAUUUGGGGAAGAUUUGGGUUCCUAAGAUGCACAGGCUUUUGACACCAGUGGUGAUUAACUCAACUAAAACUCACUGUAGGAAGUUAGCUUCCCUAGACAGCUAAUGCUGAGAUCUACCAGCGUAGAGUUGACAGAAGCCGGCCAGCGAGGAGAUGUGGGACAUAAUAGCCUGAGUGCUUGGGUUACCAUGGAGACUGGAGUGUGUGAGGCCAUAGCCUAUGCUAAAGAGCCAUGGAGCCCUCCCGCCAUGUCUGGGGACAGAUAGAACCUGUGGGGGGAAAUAUUCCCUCACCCCAGGGUUCUUUCUGCAGAGCAAGGGUUGUCUUUGUCCCAUCCCUGAGCUUGCUCAACAAGAGAAACAAGGUUUCUUAACUGUUUUAAGUUUUCAUUCUUAUUUGACUAUAUGUGUGUAAUUGUAAAGAAAUGAUCCUAUGCAUUGUCUUUCUUUUAUAUUCUUGUAAUAUUCUGAAAUUAAAAUUGUUUUGUUUCAUAUCCA